AUGUGUCAUUUGACUAUACUCGAGUGCAAAGGUACAACGCGUUAAACACACUAACCUGAAAUGAAAGGCUUAGCCUUUUUGUUGGUGGUUAUAACUGGAUUUUUCCUCGCUACUGGAGCAAAACAAGUCUCCAAAGUCGAAAAAGAUGGUAAUGUGUAUUACAAUGGCAAUGUCUAUUUCGGAAGUGCAGCUCACUCAAAACAGUUUUUGGAUAUCCUGAAGAGCUUAGACAAGAAGCUGAAUAAAAUCAUGGACAAGUUGGGGACAUCUUCUAACGAAACUGUGUCCAAAAACUGUGCUGAAGUUCUCAAGAACGGCGGCAAGAAAAGUGGCGUUUACACAGUCGAUCCUGAUGGCAAAGGAAAAUUCAAGGUUUACUGUGACCAGAAGACGAGUGGAGGUGGAUGGACAGUCUUCCAAAAGAGACAAGACGGUUCAGUCGACUUCUAUCGAGGUUGGGCUGACUAUAAGAACGGUUUUGGUGACCUGAAAGGCGAGUUCUGGUUGGGACUGGAUAAAAUCAACCGGUUGACCCACCAGACUCGUAACCGUCUUCGUGUUGACCUACAAGACAUCAAGGGGAAAAGCGCGUAUGCUGAGUACGACUACUUUGCUGUGAGCAGUGAAAGAAGCAAGUACAAACUGAGCCUUGGAACUUAUUCAGGUACUGCUGGUGACUCACUGUCCUACCAUCGUGGCAUGGCCUUCACUACCAAGGAUAGUGACAAUGAUGCCCAUAAUGGAAACUGUGCAGUGUCUUACAAAGGUGCCUGGUGGUACAAAGACUGUCAUAACUCUAACCUCAACGGCCUGUACCAUCACGGACAACAUAGUUCUUCGGCUGAUGGAGUCAACUGGUUUCAUUGGAAAGGACAUAACUAUUCCGCUAAAAGAGCUGAGAUGAAAAUACGACCUGCAUAAGAUGAGAUUAGUACCGGAUACUUUUGAAAUAUUUCCUCACCGGCCAAGUUAGAUUUCACAAGCUAGUUAGAAUUCACUUUCUCCAUAAAUAUUUCAUCGUAAAAGAUGAGGCAGAAACGAAAUAUCUGUUCAGUUAAUUAUUAAAGCUACUAGUUAAUUAAGUUUAAAAAGUUAAAUAAUGAAUAAAAUAGUAUAAAUAAAGUCAUAGAUCAUGUAA